AGUGGGAGUUGCUUUGGGAGUAGUAAUUUCUUCUGGAAUGGGAGUGGAAUAAGAUACUAAUUUUGAGCGAUCAUUCACAGUCUGGUACCGUAAUUUGUUGUACGAUCUCGAUUAUUUUUGGACAAAAAUUUGCAAGUGUUUGAAGUGGAAAGGUUUCUAAAUGAUAGACAAUUGUUGAGUUAUUAGUUGAUAUGUGUAGUGGAACUAUCUUUCUGUAGUGACGUAGGCGGCUAUGUAAUUAAACGAUUUUGAAUAUAUCUGAUCAUAUUAAAAGCAAUGUUUAUUUUGUUGGAAGUGUUUGAUUGAAGCUGAAAUUUCCAAAGAAUGGUUUACAACCUUCAACUUGAGGAAUGGAAUGGUACAGUAGCAUAUAGCUCAUGUCAUAUUAUUCGUUGUAAUUGAAUGAUAAUACCGCUAGAUUAGAUUUUGAAAUGGGUGUGGAAGUUUUGUUUUUGUAAUGUUUUAAAUUGGAACAGAUUGUAGUAUAAUUAUUCAGUCUAUCUGAGAUAAAAUUCUCUAGCAAACAAACAAGAGCAGUUCCAAUUUGAAUCUUCUAGGACACUCCUGUGGCCCAAUUUUGCUAGCCUAACCAUCCAAAAGUGUUUCAAACGGUAGCACAGCGUGUUGUAAACUGGUACGUUUUUAUGGUGUAUACAUUUUUCAUCAUACUAGCCUCGAAGUUUAUGAACAGUUUUAAUGCUUGAAAAUAUAAAUUGCUGCUAGAAUUGACAGUGCGCGAGUGAAUUUGUGAUUCUUUGAGUUCUGGAACUGGAACCAGCUAGUAAAUUGUUGCAAGCAAGAUGGAUUUGGAAACAAGUUAACGGCCUAAUUGAACUACUCUCUUCCUGGUUUUGGUUAUAAAUGAAGGUAAUCAUGUUGGAGGAAUCUGGAUGGUCUUAAAUGAAAGCUGCUCGCAAUGUCUAACAAUCAGCUGGUCGAUUCAUGUUUGAGGGUGCUACAAGAUAAACCUCAAGAUAUGCAUCAAUAUGCGGCACAACUGCAGCCUGAUAUGCAGGCACAACAGCAACAGGUGGCUGGGAACGUGGCAGCAAUGGACGCCUAUAAUGGUGGAGGCAACCAUUCGCCAAACUCUCAUAUCUCCGACAAUUCAUUAGCCACUGCCACCCUAGUCUCCCGCACACAGAAGCAACAGGUAACGACGGUAACAAAAGUAGUACGUGAAGUGCACCACAUGGGCCCCGAGUCCCAACCGCCAGUGGACUAUGUGCCCAUCGGGCUGCCUUACGCCCAUCCCCCGCACCCGCACCACCAUCACCACUUCGCUAACUACGAACACAUGCCCGGGCAGGAACCUACCUACGGACCACCACCCGAUCAAGCCCACCACUACCGCUCAAAUUAUCAUGAUUUCGAUCCUUAUAUUUAUCCAAAUCGAUCUUAUCCGUCCUACGGUCAGCUGCAGUCAGAGUAUAGUGAACAGCCUGCCACCCCUCCAAGCCCUAGCGAACAAAGUGAAUCACCAACGCCCCAUAAUGACUACUUGAGGAAAGCUGCGCCCUUUCCAUCUCCUGGCUAUGAUGACCUAGAGAACUCUCAUAUUAUUCCAAGACCCGAACAUUAUAGAAUUACUCCGUCGCCCGGUGGACUGGCUGACAGAUAUGACCAACUUAGUAACACUUGGAAUAUGGAUGAUUCUGGUGAGGCAUCUCAAAUCCCACAUGGUGGUGAUUGUAAAGUAGUUUAUGGCUAUAGUCCUUACAGUCAUAGUGCUUAUGACACAAAUGGUGGUGACCCCCGGACUUAUGAAGAUAACGACCAGAGAAGGCAGGAGGCAUCGCCAUCAGUUGAUGAUCAAAGGGGUAUGAGAUGGAGAGAUCCAAAUUUGACUGAAGUAAUUAGUUUUCUCGCCAAUCCGAACAAUGUUAUCAAAGCGAAUGCAGCUGCCUAUCUGCAGCACUUGUGCUACAUGGAUGAUCCGAACAAGCAGAAAACAAGAACUCUGGGAGGAAUUCCCCCUCUAGUGAAUCUACUAAAUCAUGAAAGUCCCGAUGUUUAUAGGAACGCUUGUGGAGCAUUAAGGAACUUAUCAUACGGCCGUCAAAAUGACGAAAACAAAAGAGCAAUAAAAAUGGCUGGUGGCAUUCCUUAUCUUAUGAAUCUACUAAGGAAAACGACUGAUGCUGAUGUGAAAGAGCUUGUGACAGGAGUGCUGUGGAAUUUGUCUUCAUGUGAAGACUUGAAGAAAUCAAUUAUUGACGAUGGUUUGUCGAUGGUCGUCAAUCAUAUAAUCAUUCCUCAUUCUGGUUGGGAUCCCACUUCAUCUGGUGAGACGUGUUGGUCCACUGUAUUCCGGAAUACAUCCGGUGUACUUCGAAACGUUAGCUCGGCUGGAGAAUACGCCAGAAAGAAAUUGAGAGAGUGUGAGGGGCUCGUAGACUCGCUGCUGUAUGUUGUCAAAUCAGCUAUCGAAAAAUCAAACAUUGGCAACAAGAGUGUAGAAAACUGUGUUUGCAUUCUACGUAAUUUAUCUUAUCGUUGUCAAGAAGUUGAGGAUCCAAACUACGACAAACAUCCCAUUCAAGCUCCAAGCAGGGUCGGGCCUCAGCCGAAAGGAGAGAAUCUUGGUUGCUUUGGUGCAAGUAAAAAGAAGAAGGAGGCUCAAGUUGUUCAACAGAAAGAAACAAUUGCCACCGCUAGUUCAGGUGGUCCGCGGACAGAACCUGUCAAAGGAAUGGAACUUCUCUGGCAGCCUGAGGUGGUGCAGUCCUACCUAUCGCUGCUGCAGAGCUGCUCAAACCCAGAAACGCUUGAAGCAGCAGCUGGAGCUUUGCAGAAUUUGGCAGCUUGCUACUGGCAACCCAGCAUAGAGAUCCGUGCAGCCGUUCGCAAGGAGAAAGGUCUGCCGAUUCUGGUCGAGUUACUCAGAAUGGAGGUGGAUCGUGUUGUGUGUGCGGUGGCCACAGCGCUCAGAAACCUCGCCAUUGAUCAACGCAACAAGGAACUCAUCGGUAAAUAUGCAAUGCGAGACCUUGUUCAAAAGCUGCCAUCUGGUAACGUACAGCAUGACCAAGGUACCUCUGAUGACACCAUAGCAGCUGUUUUGGCCACAUUGAAUGAAGUGAUCAAGAAGAAUGCCGAAUUUUCUAGGUCUCUGCUUGAAUCUGGUGGCGUGGAGCGUCUGAUGAACAUAACCAGACAACGGCAGAAGUAUACGCCAAGGGUGUUGAAAUUCGGAGGCCAAGUUCUGUUCACCAUGUGGCAGCACCAGGAACUGCGAGAGGUGUACAAAAAGCACGGCUGGAAGGAACAGGACUUUGUUACUAAAACGGUGGCAGCUAGGAAUGCAGGACCUCAC